AUGUAUAAGAUUUUUGUAGUGUUUGCUUGGGCGCUGCUCUCCUCAUGCAGCAGCACUCCCGUAGAAGACUCAGUAGUAUCAGUGUACACAACGCAGUCCACCACCGCCGGAACGAACCCCUCAUUGGAUGUAUACCAUCAAAUUGCCAACAACUUAGCUGAAAGAAUCACUUCGCCCAUUUACAGAUUCUUGGGCUACAACAGAACUACCAGUCCACCAGCUACAACAAAGCCACUUUGGCCUGAGUUAGAACUCCUUGACGACGACGAUCUUACGACAAAACAUGAAUUAAAACCAGUAGACAAUGAAAUUGAGCAAACAAGAGAUGUGGAAGAAUUGUCUCCAGGCUUGAUGCAACCUCAAAAGAAACCUGAAAAAAUAACUCUUUAUUCUAGUUUAACGUCAACAUAUCUCCCUGCUAAAUUGGCAGUAAAUAACAGCAGAAAGAAUGAGGUAGCCUUCGAUGGCCUGGAUUUAGAUGACGUAGAUAUGGACAGAAAGAAAACAAGGGAAGGCCCUUUCAUUUAUGUGAUGGAGUUUAUAGGAAGCGUCUUUCAGUUGAUUUGGGGGGGUCUCACUAGUCUUUUCAAGCCCACUAGUGGAUCAUCUCCAAGUAGAUAA